UUGUCACCCAUUAAGAAAAAUAAAAUAAAAAAUGCAGGCACAAGUCUUUGCUGGUGUCUCCUUUCUCCCUCCCACCAUUUCCAUUACCACACUUCCAACUUCUUUAAAUCUUUGUCUUCCCAACAAAUUCUCAUUUGUGUGUAAAAGCAAGAAGCUAGAAGAUGAAGUCUUAGCUGGUCUUCCCAAAGAAUUUCAUGAUGAGGAAUGGCAAGCCCGUCAACGUGAAAAGACAAAAGAGCUGGAGCGGUUACGUAAAGAAGAAGACGAAGAAGAAGAAAGGAUAGUUGAAGAGUAUCGGGAGAUUGGCAUGUUGUUGAAGAAUUAUCCUCAAGAAGAUGUUUUUAAGGCGAAAAAACUGGUGUCCAGUUUUAUAAAAUCUGCUGAAGAAGUCGAAGAGAAAAUUGAGGAAGCUGCGGAGAAAGGGGAACUGAAUGAACUUGUUCUUAUGGUCAUCUGGACUCGUCUUGAUCUUGCUCGCCGUGAUGAAGAAAAAGAUGCAGUAAGAAGUCUAGAUCUGUUAUACAGGCGUGUCGAGACUGAGAUCUUGAAGAGGCAAGCUAGUCCAGCCAUGAGACUUCUCAAUGAUCUUUUAAUCAUGCAUGAUGGAUUUGAUGACGAUGGUUGGCUCAAGGCAUGUAAAAAACGCAUGGUCGAAACUUUCCCACGAGAAGAUCCAUUCAGUCUCUUGGUCCCCUCAGGGUUUGAUCUUGAUAAGCACCAUGGCCCUCUAGCAAGACCGGCAAUGGAAGCAGAUGAUCUUCUUUUAAGAAUUGAUUUUAUAAGAGAAGUCGACACGUUACUAAAAGAAGUUCGGCCAGCAGAAACCGAGGGAUCAAAGAUUGAAGCUCUUGAUCCUCAAUCCGUUGCAAAUAGGUUGAAAGAACAAGAGAAGAAGAAGGUACCGCUCCCCCUCAGGGAAAAGUGACACAUUAAGAAAACGAGCUGUGUCAAGGGGAGUUUGCUACCUGCCUACCUCAAGGAACAUGUUUUGUCAGAGGCACGCUGAUAUGUCGUAUUUUAUACUCAUUUCCCACAGUUAAUAUGGUUGAUUUAGCAUGUUUAAUGAGUCGUUUUUGUAUACAAUUGGUGCGUUUAUGGUAUUUGUUAGUGUUUCAGGUUAAUAACAAGUACUUGAGCGUAUUUCUGAAGAAAACGACAUUCUUGAAGUGAAAUAAGUGCUUACGGAUGAUUAAGGGUCGUUUGGAUGAAGUUUGGAGAAAGUCAACAAAAGUCAAACCUGGAAUCAAGAAGAGCUGUACAGCAGCUAGUUAGCUGAGCCGCAGCUCCUCUAAUACUGAUCUAUGCAAAGUCAAUGGAAGUCAAAAAGUCAACAACAGUCAAGGUUAGCUGCGCCGCAGCUUACUAGCUGCCCCGCAGCUUAUGCCGAAUCUGCACAAGAAUUUUUAGAAACAUAUAAAUAGCAUGCUUAAUCAUUCCAAAACCUAACCUUACUUUCUCCAGCCGAUUUUUGCAUCUUUAGAGGAGGGUUUUCAUCAGUUUAUUCAUCCUUGAAGAUCAAGAUUACAAUUGGAUUAUUCUCAUCAUUCCGUAUUAGAUAUUUAGUCAUUCUUGGAAGGAUUUCUACAUUUGGUACAUUAUGUUUUCAUAUACUAUUGUUUGUUUUCAUCUUUUCAUUAUGAGAGGCUAAAUCUCUUUACACCCGCUUGGGUAGUAAACACGUCAUAGGGUCGUUUUGAAUGUUACUUGCAAUCGUUGGACAAGAUUUUUCAUGUUGAAUCGAAGAUCCAUAUUUAUUUGAGUUUAAA